AUGCAAUAGGAUAUAGGUUCGAGUUUUCAUCCAAAGCAGUAGCAACCAGUAACACUCCUUUGUAUUUGCUCUUCAAGAAAGUCCCAUCCACAACAAUAACUUUCCGAAUGGCAGCAUAAAAACCGCGAAUAGACUGACCAUAUGAGAUGAAGAGGAAUUUGAAUCUCCCAUUGCUAUCAGUUUCGUAAAAUGUGUGUGAUCCUGGAUUAGCUUCCUUCAUCAUGUGCAAGUAUUUGGGAAUUUUUUCAUAACCCUUCUCCGGAAUGCCUCUCACAACAUUUACUGCAUACUCACGUGCCUCCCAAGCUAAAGAGUAGGAUAUCUCAACUCCAUGAUCAUUACGCAUAAACUGGAUGAUAUCAUUAGGUUUCAGCCCUUCCUUGACAGUUUCGUACUUAUGCUUAAUGAGAGUACCAACUGUUUUUGAUGAAGCGGUCCGAACAGAGUGGUUCCUUGAUGAUGGAGAACAUGAAUGAUCAGGUUCAUACUUUUUGAUGAUAAAAUAUGAAGAACCUAUUAAUCCCUCUGCACGAACACGCCAGCGGCAAUCAUCAUCCGCGCAACGAACGUACCAAACUCUUCUAUCCGUUUUGCCAACCUUGUAGUCGAAAUUAUGUUUCAUUGCGCAUAUUUCCAUUGUUGCCUGCAGAGCUGCUUUGCUAGUAAAAUGUUGACCCUUCUUCAAAACAUCAACCAGAGAAAAACGGACAUACUUUUCGUUGAUCAUAUCUUUCUCACACUUGUUUUCAUCUAUCUUCGCAUCUUCUUCUUCAAGCUCGGCUUCACCAUCAAUAUCAUCUGAAACUUCACCCGACAUACCCACUUCCUCUCUGUUAGGCAACUCAGCAGGCUCUUCAUUCAAGUUAAAUCCGACCUUAGAUCGAAUACACACACAUAACCUUGUUGAAGCUUUGGUCUUCACAUAUGUAAGAAAAUUUUGCAGUUAUCGAUCAUUGGUGAUGAAAACAGUUGGUGAGUCGAGGCCAAUCACCAAAUCGGAAGGUAAGUAACUCAGCUCGAUAUUGACCAAGUUUAGAUCGGUUCCAAAGUCCUCACAAACCAUAACUCUUAGGUUCUCAAAGGUUUUGCUUGUGUCCAAAGUAAGUAAUCUACCUCAUGUUUCUUCAUCAACAAGAAACUUCCACCCUUUUGUUUUGGACGAUCUCCAAAAACUAGAAUAGGCAUAUAUGUGCAUAUUCUCACGUUAGAUUGACAAAAGUUUGGAGAAACUAUGAAAAAGAGAAGAAGCUCCACGUUUUUUUGGUCCAAAUCGUGGUUGGCAACGAAGAAAGAAAAAUUUAGGGAAAAAGAUUUAAAAAAAGAAAUAAAAAAGAUUUAAUAGAUUUAGGGAAUAUUUUCUAACCGUUUUUUCCUAGAUUUUCGGAUUUUGUUUAAAAUCUAGUAGAAAGUAUAUUCUACGUAUGGUAGAAUAAAGAUAAUGUGGUAGAUAUAGAAUACAUAUAUUGUAGAUAUAUGAGAAGUGAGAAGAAUGUAUAUACUUCCAUAGAAGAUAUAAGAACAUUUAUUAUUACUUAUGAUCUACCAGAAAGACAGAACAUAGAAGAAAAUAUUGAUUUUGUAUUCUGCCAUCUUAGAUCUUAAUGUUUCCGGUCUAAUGCGCAUUCUUCGGUAUGUAGAUCAUUGUGUUUCAGUUAGAAUGCAUAUUCUGAAUCGUCGUAGAUGGUAGAUCUUAUAUACUAACACCUUUAGCCUAUUUUUCAAUUUACCAUUCCAAGUAUCUUUUUAAUCUAAAAAUAUUUUUCAUAGAUGCACAUGUUUGACUACUUCAGGUUUUAGAUUUUUCUUAAUUUUUUUGCAUUGUAAAUUAAUUGAUAUGAAUUUUUAUAACUUUGAAGGGUAGUGAAAAUCCAAAAGUGACAAAAUUUGAUUUUAUACUAAGAGGACAAUAGCAUAGUUUAGUUGUUCCAUUUUCUUAAAUUUCCCAAUUUAAUCACUGUAUAAAAAACAAAACUGAAGUUCUCUUUUGGCGAUAAAUGCCAACACUAAGAGGCGCAAAUCACGGCCAUAACCGGUGGUGUGGCUUUGGGUCCGGUUUCACUUUCAGUCGGUGCUCUUUUUGCCUUCGCUAUAGUAAAAGUGUUAUUUGUGUUCCGGCCGGCCGUAAAGGAAACAAAUCAAUAUGAAAAUAAUAUUCGAUAACAUACUUAUCAAAUAUGAAAUUACUAGUAAUAAACUUUGACAAAAUAUAUGUUUUACUAAUAUGUUUUUUAUUAAAGAGUCAGCAUUGACUGAUCCAAUCAGUUGGAUUUUGAAUAAACCCAUCACUUUCUCGUUUCAAAAUGUACCUUCUGUAACUGCUAAAAGGUUUUCAUCAAUUUGAUUAGUUUCGAUAUUUCAAAACCCAUAUAAUGCGUUCUAAAUCAUAAGGUAAUCAGCCUAUACACUUCUAUUUUUCAUUUUCUUAAACAAUUAUCUCAUGAUUUAAAGUUUUUUUUAUAACCAGUCGUAUAUUGUAAGCGUUUUGUCCGCAAAAUCAAAAAUAUUGGUGGCAAAUUAGUUCGAUUGUUUUAAGAAGAUUUAUACUUACAUAUAAAAAUAAUUCAUUCUUUUUUAAAUUACCUCAUGAAUUAUUCAUGUCUUCUGGAUAUUAAAUUCAGUUUUUUUAAAAAAAAAUUCACGUACAUUUCUUAAAGAAUUAUAAUAAAUGCAGAACAUAAGAAUGGGAGAAGCAAAAGGGGACAAAUAAUUAUGUCCCAAACCAUAUAAUAUAAUUAUAUUUACAAUGUAACGAUAUGAAUGAGUAUGAAACGUCGCACUAGUGUAAGAAAUAAUAUCCCAAGCGCAUAUCCACAUGCUGAUUUGCAGAUUUACACACCAUUAUCAUUAUUAUGUUUGAACUCAUGCUGUAUAUAUAUACAUUUGUAAAAUUCAUCAUAUGAUGACUGCAAAUUAUACCUAAAUGUGAAAAAAUGAAGGGAACCCAAUUAGACUGUUUUCGAAUAUAAUACAAGAAUUAAUUUCCACUAAGGAGGAUGUGUUUCAAAGUAGGAAACAUAAUUUUGGCUCUGUUGGGCACGGAGGAGCCUUAGACCACCUCCAUCAAGAGGUUCUCCAAGAGCUCCUAAUCCAAAAGUAAAAAAAAAUUAAAUCAAAAAGGCCCAAAAUUAAGAGAACCGCCCCUUAGUUUGGGCUUAUUGAAGCUGGUAAGAGGUGCGUACGUGGCGGUCUCUCAUUGCACCUCACCUGUAUUGUCUCUCUCUCUUUUCAUCGGGGUUUAGAUGAAACCGUAGUUGUGUCAUCUCUCUUGGAGUCUCCGUCGUCGUCGUCUCUCCACAAGUCGAUCUUCCUCUCGGAGUCUCCGUUAUCUCCGUCGGUCCAUCUUCUUUGUCAGUCCGUCGUCGACGUCUCUCCACCAGUAGAUCUUCCUCUCGGAGUCUCCGUUAUCGAUGACUCCUUCGUCUGUCUCACUCUUGCUUCACUGUCGAUCCGUGUUCUCUGUCGAUCGGUGCGCCUUCUCCGUCGUGAUGGGUUUCGCUUUGACUUCCUCCACGAAGCUUCUCUUCCGCCAGCUCCGUCGUGAUGGGUUUCACCAACGUCUCUUCUCCUGAGUGUAAGUGGCUUUCUUCUUCAUAAAAAUUCUAUUUUGCUUUUCUUGUUUGUGUUCUUGAGAUGGAUGAAGUGAUCUGCUUGUCUUGUCGAAAUGGGUUUUUGUGAAAUCAACGUGAUCUCAUCGUUUUGUUGAGAAAGAUGAAAUUUUUUUGAGAAGUGUUUUACAAUCUUAGAUCAGGUUAAUGUUUUUUGAGAAGUGUUUUUUGAAAUGUUUGUGAUCAUACAUAAUGUUCUUGAGGUUGAUGAAUGUGAUCUGAUUGUUCUUGAGGUUGAUGAAUGUGAUCUGAUCUGAUUCAUACAAAACGUUAUGUUCUUAGUAUAUGCUUCACUUGAUUUUACUCUGUUCAAGCCUCUGUUUUCUCAAAUAUUUUUGUAUGUUUUCUCAUACAUUUUACUGUGAUUUCACAUACAUUUUAGUCUGUUUUCUGAUAGAUUUUAGACUGUUAUUUCUUUGUUGGUUGUGUAUAAGGGUUGGUUCGCAUCUCAGAGGCAUUGAAGUGUUCGCAUCUCAGAGGCAUUGAACCCAUGCGAGCCUCUCGGAAACGGCUACAACUUCAUCAAAGCAAGAGGUAAUUACUCUUUUCUUUUAAAAAGUUGUUAGAUAUUUAUUAGCCGGAAUUAAAUGGAUUUGAAUGUAUGCUGGUAGGUGUUUGUUGCGUGUUUAGAUAUUGGUUGUAAGUGAUUUACAUUUAGUUUUCUUGCUUGUUAUAGUUAUAGGUAAAGGCAUUGAUUGCCAUUAAAAACACACUAAACUCUCCUUAACAUUGCAUUUAAAAUCGAACAACUCUCCCCUUCUUGCUUAAUAUCUCCUUCUUCUUUGAUAAUUCUUAUAUCCUUCUUCUUCGCUAUGGAUCAAUUUACUCAAACCGGUAGCUUUCAAAAUCUCUUAAACAGUCAACACCCAAACACCUCCUUCUCCUUUGUGACUCGUGAAGCUAGUGUAGACCUGUCUUCCUCGGAUGCCUCUGUCUUCGGAUCACAGUGGGCUGAUGAUGGAAAAGAAGAUGAACUCGUGGUGUCUGACCGUAAAGAAAGAAGAAAGUGGUCACCAACUGAAGAUAUCGUUCUCAUAGGUGCUUGGUUGAACACAUCGAAAGAUCCUAUCGUGGGUAAUGAACAGAAGGCAAUUGCGUUUUGGAAACGGAUUGCCUCCUAUGUUGCUUCAAGCCCAAAGCUCUCUGCUUUGCAAAAGAGAGAGCCUAGCCACUGUAAACAAAGGUGGGGGAAAAUCAACGAGGGUGUUUGUAAGUUUGUUGGGUCUUAUGAAGCUGCAAAGAAAGCCAAAUCUAGUGGGAUGAAUGAGGAUGAUGUUUUGAAGAUGGCUCAUGAGAUCUUCUUUAAUGACUACAAGGUCAAGUUUACACUUGAGCAUGCCUGGUUGGAGCUUCGCCAUGAUAAAAAAUGGUGUGGAGCUUCUUCAACUAAAGACAAAGUAAUCUCCAAAAGAAGAAAAUUGGAUGACCAAUCAGCACACUCAUCGACCUCGGUGCCAGGUUACGGUGGAGAGGAGGAAGCCAUGGCUCGGCCUGUUGGUGUCAAAGCAGCAAAGGCCAAAGCUAAAACCAAGCCAACGAGUUCUUCAGAAGCAGUGGAGUUUCAGGGUCUGUGGGAAAUAAAACAAAAGGAUUUUGAAAACAAGGACAAGCUUAACAAGCAGAAAUUGCUUGAGAACCUCAUUGCCAAGACAGAGCCUCUGUCUGAACUAGAACUCGCUUUGAAAAACAAAUUAAUAUCUGAAAUGUUGUUAAGUUAGAAUGACUCGGGUCUUUAUGCUUAAGUUUGGUCUGUAUGCUGGUUUCUUUUUAUGGUUAAUGUCGGGUCUGUAGUUUGUUAAUGUCGGGUCAUGUAUGCUGGUUUCUUUUUAUGGUUAAUGUCGGGUCUGUAGUUUGUUAAUGUCGGGUCAUGUAUGCUGGUUUCUUUUUAUGCUUACUGCUGUUUGUUUCUCGUCUUGGUUAACGCUUAAUGUCUGAUGCAACUUGGUUAAUGUUUUACUGUCUUGGACUUGAUUGUAUGAUGCAACUCUGAUGCAACUCUCUUUGUUUUAUUGCAGACGAAGACAGAAGACUUACCAUGUGACAGAAGACUUACCAUGUGACAGAAGAAGACAAUGUAAUAAGUUGUUGUGUUUUGUAAUAAGUUGUUGGUGUGUUUUGUAUGAUAUGCUUCACAUUUCUUGUAGUUGUACCACACAAUUUGAAACUUGUCUUUAUAAACUUGUGAGAAACAACACAAUAUAAAACUUGUCUUUAUAAACUUCUGAGAAACAAAACAAAUUAUCUUUGAAAACAAAUCAAACAACAUCAAUACGAGCAAAACAAAUUUCCUAUUGUUUUGUUUUGUUUCCCUUACAAGCUUUACAAGUUCUCUUCUUCGCAUCAUUCUUCACAUCAUUCUUCCCAUUUUCAUUUCCGAAGCUUUAAAUGGCAUUAUCUUCUUAUAAUAAUUUUGAAGAAAUAAAUGAAAGAUUUGAAGAAAUUUUCGAGCAACGAUUUGAAAAUCUUCUCAUUCAUCAUGGCGAGCAUGAAGAAGCCUCAAGGUCUAAAAAGUCACGAGUCUACAUUGAAAGAGAACGAGAACAAGGACACAUGCAGUUAUGGAACGAUUAUUUCAGUGAAGAUACAACAUAUCCUUCUCACAUGUUUCGACGCCGUUUUCGAAUGAACAAGCCCUUGUUCAUGCGUAUUGUUGAUCGCCUCUCUGCUGAAAUCUCAUACUUUCAACAAAGAAGAGAUGCUACUGGAAGGUUCGAUCACUCUCCGUUACAAAAGGCAACGGCAGCAAUUCGUAUGAUGGCAUAUGGUUGCCCAGCUGAUGCGGUCGACGAAUACCUCCGCCUUGGUGAGACCACCGCGCUUUUAUGCUUAGAACAUUUUGUUCAAGGAAUCAUAACUUUAUUUGGAGAUGAGUAUCUAAGAAGACCCACACCAGAAGAUCUUCAACGACUACUCGAUAUAGGAGAGAUACGCGGAUUUUCCGGAAUGAUAGGAAGUAUUGACUGUAUGCAUUGGGAGUGGAAGAAUUGCCCGACCGCAUGGAAAGGUCAAUAUACACGUGGAUCAGGAAAACCAACCAUUGUUUUAGAGGCUGUAGCUUCACAAGAUCUCUGGAUAUGGCAUGCGUUUUUCGGACCUCCAGGUACAUUAAACGAUAUCAAUGUUCUUGAUCGAUCACCUGUUUUUGAUGAUAUAUUUCAAGGUCGAGCUCCAAAAGUGAAUUACAUUGUCAACGGACACGAGUACCAUUUGGCUUACUAUCUCACAGAUGGUAUUUAACCAAAAUGGGCUACUUUUGUCCAAUCUAUUUCACAUCCACAAGGUCCGAAAGCAUCCUUAUUCGCUAAACAACAAGAAGCGGUACGCAAAGAUGUCGAGCGUGCUUUUGGAGUUUUGCAAUCUCGAUUUGCCAUUGUCAUAAAUCCAGCUCUUUUUUGGGAUAAAAUAAAAAUUGGAAAGAUAAUGAGAGCAUGUAUCAUUCUGCAUAAUAUGAUAGUAGAAGACGGACGAGAUGGAUACACUCAGUUUGAUGAAUCAUUUUUCCAACAACCGGAAUCAAACCGAAGUUCACAAGUGGAUUUUGAGUUUUCAUCAGAUAUGCCUUCAAAUCUUGGGAAUAUGAUGAGCAUUCGGAGUCGAGUCCGUGAUCCCAAGAUACAUCAACAAUUGAAAGCUGAUUUAGUUGAGAACAUCUGGCAAAGAUUUGGAACACACGAUUUCGACUAAUCGGCUUUUUCUCGUUUAUGGUUUUUAUUUGUAUUUUUAAUAUGUUUUUAUAUAAUUUUAAUUAAAACUUUUAUGUAUGUUUUUUUUAAAUCAUUCUAUUUAAAAAAAAAAAAAUUUUAAGAACCUUUAAGAGGUUCUCCCAUUGGAGGUCAAAAAAUUAAUUACCACUAACCAAGGUUCUUAAGCUUUCAAAUCAUCUUAAUAAGUAUUAAAUUAAUCUAAAGAACCCAUAAAGGGUUCCUAUGGAUGGAAGUGCUCUUAUGGGCCGAGAAGGAGAUUGAAGUAAGAACUUUAUAGUGUGCUUGAACCACACCGGCUAAGAGGAAAGUCUAUUUCAGAGCUUGGUCUCACUGACGCAACCCUAUUGUAAACUGCUGUACAAAUCUCGACACAGAAAUAUAAAGUGGUGACCACGUUGGGAGAUUGAAGUUAGUAUUGCUUGAACAGUAAAAAUGCAAACUCAAACGCAAAUAUUCGCGCCUGAACAACCACAUGACAUGAAUAAUUACUAUUUUGAUUGAAAACAUAUAGAAACAAGUCUAACUCACAAAAAUAAAUUAUUUAAAUACUCAACACCAAUCCUUUUAUUUUGGAGAAUGUGAUUAUUCUGCGGACGGUAUGAUCAAUGACUCAAAACCACUUUGAAAAAUAACAAUUCACAAACAUGCAGGUUGACUAAAGCCAAUCUUCUUUUCAUGCUCGAUGCGCCAACGGCAGCGACUUGAAAUUUUUUCUCACUACGCUAAACACAUCAUAGAAGAGUCAAAAUUGUUUUUUAUUCUUUCUGUUACGGCAAUGAACAACCAAAAAAUCUGAUGUAAAAAAUAUCAGCGACAGAUUUUUUAAAAAUUGUUUGGACAGUUUGUAAGCGACUGUUUUCACUAUCACCACUUUAAAUUCACUUCCGUCGUGUUCUAUUUUUAUUGUGGCUAGUUGCAGACGUCACGGCUGAACAAGGCCUACGCUACUUUUUCGUUCGUUCGGGUUAAUUAAGUUAAAUUUAUCCAAAUUUCUUAAAGGAGACAAGUAGACAACAUGCGUGAAGAGGUGUUUAGAAUGCCGUGAGAUAACAAAUAUUUAGUCGAGGAGUUGAAAGAGUUGACUAGGUGUUCCUCUUCUAUUUAGUCUUGCUUAUUUUUAUUCAAGUACAAAAAAUUUAGUCAACACAAACAAUUGUCGUAAAUCUACAGAAAAUCAAUUUCGGAAACGUGUUCACUAUGGUAGUUUGUAUUUACGGCUGAAAAUAUUUAUCGUACCGUCGGUGGUCUAAAAGCAGAGUUAUUCUUGGGUGGGGACCAAUAAAAUCUCAUUAUUUCAAUUUCAAUAACUUUUUAAAAAAAAGAAAACAAAGUAUUAUCAAGUUAUAUUAUGAUUUUAAAAUUAAAUUUUUUUAAAAAAAUAGCAGCUACAGAAAAAAAUUUUAAAAAAUCUUUUUAACGU